AUGCCUCAGUUGAUCAGCAAUCCCAUCAUCUCGGGAUUUUCUCCCGAUCCCUCUGCCUGCGCGGUUGGUGGUCUGUAUUUUGCAGUCACUUCGUCCUUCCAUUUCUUUCCUGGCAUACCGAUCUACGUGUCAAAAUAUCUGGUCACUUGGUCGCAUUUAGGAAAUGCCAUCAACAGACGCGAACAACUUGACCUGGCUCAGUCCGCUGCCAAGUUAGUGAUCAAUAGAGAUGGUCAUACUCUUGUGGCCACUGGCGGUCUAUGGGCUCCAACUAUACGACACCAUAAAGAUGUGUUCUAUAUCACUUGCACGAACACUCGUUGGGUGAAUGGAGAGGUUCAAUUUCGAAACUUUAUCAUUCAGACCUCAGACAUCUGGUCCAACUCAUGGAGUGAUCCCAUAUUUUUUGACUUCCAUGGUAUCGAUCCUAAUUUGUUCUUUGAUGAUGAUGGUCGCGCAUAUAUUCAAGGUUCCCGAGUCAUCGAUUACUCUGUACAGCCUUCCACCACCAUCGACCAAUUCGAGAUAGAUGUCGUAACCGGUCAAAAGUUAUCAGAGCUAAAGACCAUUUGGGAGGGCUUUAUUCGAGUUGACGCCGAGGGGCCACGACUCUAUAAGAGGGGUCGGCUGUAUUAUCUGGUCAUUGCCGAAGGAGGACCCUUUGAACACCAUCUCGUCUCUGCAGCAAGAUCUCAGAAUGUAUGGGGGCCUUAUGAGUCCGCUGAGAUCAAUCCUAUUCUGCCAUCAGCUGAAACGACAUCACAUUUUCAGCAAACUGGCCACCCCGAUAUUUUCCAGGAUGCGCAAGGAGAGUGGUGGGCAACUGUGCUAGGUGUGCGAGAGAAGGAUGGACGCUGUCCAAUGGGAAGAGAAUUAUUGCUGACCAAAGUGAGCUGGCCAACUGCAAAUGACUGGCCAGUUUUGGCUCCGAUCACGCCAGAGAUCGAAAUUCCGGAGUCCAGCAUUCCAGACUCGGGUCUGAAAGAUGUCCCUUCCUUGCUUCCCAAAGACGCAUUUCUGGAAAUCAGAAACGGACCAAGAAAACAAUACAGAAGCAGUAACGACGGCCUCAAGCUCGUUUUGGUUGCCAAUCCGGCAGAUCUAUCUAGCUUAAUCGAGGCACCGGCAUUCCUGGGGUUACGACAACGAAAACUGCAGGGCACCGCGGAAGUUCACAUUCAAUUGGACGAUCAGCUCAAACGUCAACAAUUCAGCGCCGGCCUCACUCUUUACAAGGACGAAAAUCGAUUUUUGGAUGUGCAUUCCGAGUCUCAUAGCUCAUCAAUCUGCUUUCGAGUUCAUAACAAGGUUGAAAGUAUUGACCAGUCAACAAAAUUUGUCCUUGAGACAUUAGGCAACUCGGUGUAUUUCAGGAUGCGGUAUACAGAAGAGUUAUACGAAUUCUCAUAUCGCACUUCGAAUAAGGAUAAGUGGGUUAUGGUUGGCUCAGUUGAUAGCAGAGACAUCUCAGGCUUUGAUUUCACGGGAUCAGUGAUAGGUGUCUUUGCAAUGAGCUCGGAACCAGAUAUGGAGGUCACUUUCAGCGAUUUUGUAAUUGACAUUUGA